AUGCGCCCCGACGGCAAGAUAGCGCAGUCAGGGUGUCCGGGUAUCUGUGGCCCGCAGGCCGCCACCACCGCCACCCUGUCGUUCUCGAGCUUCCGCACCUCGUUCACCUCCAAUGUCAAUUACCUGAAACGAAGAUUCAGCUCUGGAGACCUGCAGUCGGAGUGCGAUGAGGGCGAGGUGGACCCCUACACGGGGCAGCCGGCCACCACCAGCCAGCCCAAGCCGCAGAGCCAGAGGCCGACCUCCCAGGCGACGGGUGGCAGUAUAAGCAGCCAGUCUUCCAUCACGUCGGCGGCGCCGGCGGCCCCCGCGGCCCCGGCGGGGGGCGACCUGUCGCUCAACCUGCGCGGGGGCUCGCGGGGGACCUCCGCCCCCUCGUCCCCCGCCAAGUCGCGGGAGUCUCUGCUGCAGCGCGUGCAGUCGCUCACUGGCGCCGCCAGGGACCAGGGCGCCAAUUUACUUGGGAGCGUAACAUCGGUGGCAUCAGUGGGGCGCGGGUACAACCGCGACCGCUGCGUCACCCUGCUCGUGGUGGACGACCAGAACACGGACUGGAGCAAGUACUUCCGCGGCCGCCGCCUGCCCGGCGAGUGGGACAUCCGCGUCGAACAGGCUGAGUUCAGGGAGCUGUCGGUGACCGCGAACUCGGACGGGGCCAACGUGUCGAUGGCGGUGUACCGCGGAGGCACCAAGGUCACGCGGUGCUUCAAGCCGGAGUUCGUGCUGGUGCGGCAGAACGUGCGCGACGCGGGCGCCGACCACCGCUCGCUGCUGCUCGGCCUCAAGUUCGGGGGCGUGCCGGCGCUGAAUAGCCUCAACUCCAUCUACCACUUCCAGGACCGACCCUGGGUGUUCGGGCACCUGCUACAGCUGCAGCGGCGCCUCGGCCGGGAGAACUUCCCGCUCAUCGAGCAGACCUACUACCACAACCACACUGACAUGGUGUCGGCCCCGAAGUUCCCGGUGGUGAUCAAGAUAGGGCACGCGCACAGCGGCGUGGCUAAAGUGAAAGUGGAUACUAUCACCGAUUUUCAGGACAUCGCGGGCGUGGUGUCCAUGCUGGGCACCUACAGCACGGUGGAGCCCUACAUCGACGCCAAGUACGACAUACACAUACAGAAGAUCGGCAACAACUACAAGGCUUUCAUGCGCAAGUCCAUCUCGGGCAACUGGAAGACCAACCAGGGCUCGGCAAUGCUCGAGGCCAUCGGGAUGAACGACCGCUACAAGAUGUGGAUCGACGAGGUGAGCGAGAUAUUCGGCGGCCUCGAAGUCUGCGCGCUCGAGCUGGUGGUGGGCAAGGACGGGCGCGAGCACAUCAUCGAGCUGAACGACUCCGCCACCUCCUUCAUGGGCGACUCGCAGGAGGAGGAUCGCCGCCACCUCGCCGACCUGGUGUUCCAGCGCAUGCAGAACGUCUGCCGUCCCGGCACCAUAACGAAGCCGGUGGCGCGUUCAUCCGUCUCCAGCAGCGCAGCGGUGUCCCCCGAGGAGCGCGUGGGGGCCGUCCCGGGUGGGCCCCCGCGCGACCCGCCGCCCGCGCCGCUCACCGCCGGCGCGUCCAUCGACCGGCCGCUGCCGCCCAUCCCGGCGGAGCCCGCGCAGGCGCCGCCGCCGCCGCCGCUGUCGAGACGGGACUCUCAAAUUUCGCAGACAUCAGCGGUGUCGUCCACGUCGGCCGCCCCGACCGCCGCCGCCGCCGCCGCCACCGCCUCGCCCGCGUCCGGCGCCGGCGCGCGCGGCGGCUUCGCGCGGCAGGGCUCGCUCAGCGCCACGCUCACCGAGGACGCAGAGGACACCAUGAAGAACCUCCGGAAAACAUUCGCCGGCAUCUUCGGAGACAUGUAA